AUGCCGAGUCAUAUUUUGCGGUCUGUGCGCGCGGGAGCUUGCUAUACCGAUCCCAGCAAUGGAGCCCCACAGCGCAACCCUAGCUUGAAGACGGACGAUGCUUGCUUCACGCAUCGUGACUGCGUCCAACUAACCCCGUUCCCUUUACGCGUAGUGCAUUUACGCAUUUGCUCGUGCAUUGCUGCAGAGCGCGCCACAAGUGCACGCACACCGUGCAGGUAUACACGCAGAGGUAAACACACGGGAGGUUUGCUUAUAAAAAGGGGGCCACGCCGCGAGUUUGAACUUCAAAGCCACAAGCUUCAGCUUAGAAGCUCUUUGCGAACGAUGGCGAUGGCUACAGCGUUCGCGGCUUGCUGUCUGCUCGUGGCGUCCGGCACUUCGGCGCGUACUCUCGUCGCCGGCGGCGAGAACUUCGGUGGCCGCAAGGACUACUACCCUCCGGGCAACACCGACCCAAACCACUCACCGAGCCCCACGCCCUGCAAUCAUGAUUCCCGCGGGACGCCACCCUGCUCGCCGGCGCCGCCGCAAGGAGGUGGAGGAGGGUACUACCCACCCACACCAUCCGUCGGCACCUCCCCGAACACCCCUGGUGGAGACUACAACCCGCCCUCGCCGUCGACAGAUGCCCCCCCUACUACGCCUGGUGGCGAGGACUCCCCGCCCGCGCCGUCCAGUGACACCUCUCCGACCACCCCUGGUGGAGGCUACUACCCGCCCACUCCGUCCAGUGGCACUGCUCCAACGACGCCUGUGACCGGAGACUGCCCACCCUCACCGUCCGCCGGCACGUCUCCUACCACCCCUGGCGGUGGCUAUUACCCGCCCUCGCCGUCGACAGGCGCCACCCCUACAACGCCUGGUGGCGGGGACACUCCGCCCGCGCCGUCCAGUGACACCUCUCCGAACACCCCUGGCGGAGGCUACUACCCGCCCACUCCGUCCAGCGGCACUGCCCCAACCACGCCUGGAACUGGAAACUGCCCGCCCUCACCGUCCGCCGGCACCUCUCCGACCACCCCUGGCGGAGGCUACUACCCGCCCACUCCGUCCAGCGGCACUGCCCCAACCACGCCUGGAACUGGAGACUGCCCGCCCUCACCGUCCGCCGGCACCUCUCCUACCACACCUGGCGGUGGCUACUACCCGCCCUCGCCAGCCAGCGGCACUGGGCCUACCACGCCUGGUGGCGGGAACUGCCCACCGUCGCCGUCCGCCGGCACCUCACCCACCACACCUGGUGGCAGCAACUACCCACCCUCACCGUCAACCGGCACUGACCCGAACACGCCUAGUGGCGGCGGCUACCCAUCCUCCCCAACAACGCCGGGUGGCGGUGACUACCCGCCACCCCCGCCCACUCCUGGUGGAGCUGACUGUCCGCCAGCCCCGUCCACCGGGACCUCCCCGAGCACCCCUGGUGGUGGCGGCUACUACCCACCCUCGCCAUCCACCGGCACUGACCCUAACACGCCUGGUGGCGGCUGCCCGUCCACCGGCACCUCGCCGACGCCAUGCAUUGGCACCACUCCUCCCUCGGGCACGCCGACUCCAAACGUACCGUUGCCUCCAAGCACUCCCACGCCGCUCGACCCGAACACUCCACCCUACUCCCCGCUCGUACCCACGCCGCCGACGAACACCCCCACGCCAUUUGACCCAAACACCCCACCGUUCUCCACUGGCCCUUACGGUUACUGGAUGUCGCACCCGGGCGUGAUAUGGGGCCUGUUCGGAUACUGGUGCCCGCUGGUGCGGCUGUUCGGUCCGAGCGCGGCGGUGCCGUUCGGGCACGACCUGACCGUGCCAGAGGCGCUGGCCAACACGCGCGCCGACGGCGUGGGCGCGCUCUACCGCGAGGGCACGGCGUCGCUGCUCAACUCCAUGGUCAACAGUGAGUUCCCCCUCACCACGACGCAGGUGAAGGACGCAUUCGGCGCCGCGCUCAGCUCCGGCGACGAUCGUGCUGCCGCGGCGCAGGCGCAGCUCUUCAAGAUGGCAAACGAGGGGAAUGCCAAGCACUAGGUCUGGGUUGGCGAGUGAUGCCGAUCGAGCUGCACUGGCAUGCAGCAGCACGCGGUAACGCGCCAGCUUGGAUGUCUGGCAGUUAAAGUACGUGUCUGACCCGUUUGAUCCUGGCUUAGAUGAUAUGUCGUGCUUGUAUUAGGUGUGCCGCGUGCACGUGAUCUUUGUGUGUGUGUCUGUGUGUAUCAGAAGUGUUUAUGUGGCCUGUGAAUUUGGUCUACGUACGUACCUACCGUUCUGCUAGCUAGCUGCAGCUGUGCUUUAGUAGUUCCAGAAGACUUCCAGCACCAAUGCAGAGCUUAUUCAAGUUCAGCUAAUGUUGAAAGGAAAAUGAACACGUCAGUACUUGUGCAUUCA